CGACGUCGUUCACAGAUCACUGAUUUUUUUAAGUCGGCUGAGCGUUAAGAAAAACGGAUCCGUUGUGUGUUAUUCUUGGCUGUUGAAAAACCAGAAGAGCCUUGACGUUAAAAAAGUGACAAGCUAUUGAUGGAAAGUCGUGGUUAUAAUAGUGCGCACGCAGGGUUUCCGGAUUAUCGAUCGACUAUAAAAUGUCUUGAUCAAGGAUCACUGGCGCGGCUUGAGUUCUACCGCCGUGAAAUGCGCUUUGAUUUUAAAUAAGAUUGUAAAAUUCGAGCUUAUAAAUCAAAUGGUAAGCUAUGGAAAGGUCCUCGUCGAAGAACUCUGAAGGACACCUCUUCGACGUCUCGGACGAAGAGCGACAGUUUCUGGAGGAGAAAGCGGAAAUCGUUCGCAGAUUUCUUCAAGACCGAGAACUGGUUGAGUGCGCCCAUGAAGAUGAGAAAAAUGAAAUGCGAUUUGCGUUUGAAGCUGAAAAGGAGAACAUGAAAAAGGCUUUUGAAUGCGAGAAAGAAGAAAUGAGACAGGCGUUCUUGAAAGAAAAGGAUAAUAUUCGCUUGGAAUUCCAAGAGGCGAAACACGUUUUGAAACUGUCGUUUGACGACGAGAAAUCUGUGUUGAUGAAUUCGUGGGAUCGCGAAAAGGAAAACCUUUUGGAAAAUUUUGAGAGGGAGAAAAAGGAAUUAAGGAAAAGUUUUGAAAAAAAUUUGAAGGAAAAAGAAGAGGGCUUUAGAGCAGAAAAGAUAGAAAUGGAUGCGACAAUACGCAAAGAACUCGAACGAAUCGAGGACGUAGAAAAGGAAUUAAAGCGAACUUUGUGUCAAGGCUUAGGGGAUCUGGAAAAUAUUUAUUUGGAGGAAAACGCGCUUUUGGAAACAGUGUACAACCAUGAGCAACCUGAGGUGGACAUGCACUUCAAAUCGCUCUUAGAUGCCGAGUUAAGCGUGGACAGAGAGGACUUGUUAAAAUCAUUGACCCAAGAAAAGAACAGGAUGCAGUCGCAUUACGCUAAUAAACACAAACAAGUCGAGCACCAGUUCGCGUCGGAAAUCAUUGACAUGGAAAAGCGAUUCAAACAGCAGAAAAACGACUUAAUGAACAUCUUUAGGAGGGAAAAAUCUGACAUGGAGGAACACUUUCGCAAAGAGAAAGAAGAUAUCAGGCGUAAAUUUGACGUGGAUUUCCGGCGCAUUUUACAACAAGAGAAGCUGAAAUUCGAGUCGGAAAUUCAAGGUUACGAACAUGACAUUUCUGUCUUGAAAUAUCAAAAGGAACAGCUAGAGAAAUGUUACGAGCUAGAAAUACAAACUUUGCGGCUAAAAUUCGAGCGAGACAAACUUGAAAUGGAGAAUAAGUACACUAACGAAAAAAAGGAUCUUAGGAGGGUUCUGAAAGGACAAUACCAGAGAAAAUUGAGCGACGAUAAAGUUCGACUGGAAUGGCUACUAGAACAGUUUCACCUUGGGAGAGGAGCCAGCAGCGAAAAUCUUCAAACUUCUCAAAGCUUCAGCUCCGUUUAUUCAGAUUAAAGGCUUUAGCAUUUACGCAAUCAAACCUUAUCGAGAUUUAACCGGGUGAAGUACUUAAAAAGAUUUUCGCAACGACGGUUAAUGCUUAAAACUGAAUUGCAAGCUCGAUGGUAAGGAAUCAGGUAUUAUCGUCAAGACGUUACAAUUGCGCUACCGCCAUCAGUUUCAGUAAAAUUAAAUUUGCUCUAUUGCCUCUUUUAUUCAACAUACACGGUUGAUACCGAAUUUGUACAU